GUUUGUGAGUGAUCGAUUUUACACCGGUCCCCUCAACGACAUUUUUCUUUGUUUGGUCAUUCGUGUAAUAUUGAAUUGUAUAAAUCCAGAAAAACGCGUGUAUUUAAAAUGGCGAACACGUUUCGCGGAGUGACGGUAUCUGCCGUCAACAAUGAUGGUGCUUUGGCAGCACGUUUUAAUUUCCCUACAAACGUAAACGUGGAUUAUGAUCCACAAGGGCUAAGUGUUAAAGUGAUACGUGCUGAUCCUGUGCUUGCUCAAGAAGUCCUUGAGUUUCCCGUCCACAUCCAAAGUGAGUGCUCCCGUGUUGCCGGCCAGUCAUACAUCUUCACGAUAGACAAUGAAACAUUAUUUUUCAAAUUUGCAUCUGAAGCGGAUUGUCAAAACUUCCAUUUGCUGGUUACCAAGAUCAAAGCGGGACGGUCUUCCUCCGUAUUCACUGUGCGCACAGAAGAUUCGUCAGCGAUGCAAUAUUUCCAGUUUUACGGUUACUUGAGCCAACAACAAAACAUGAUGCAGGAUUACGUGAGGACAAGUACAUAUCAGCGAGCCAUACUGUCAAAUAUAAAUGACUUCAAGAAUAAGGUUGUGUUGGAUGUCGGCGCUGGAUCUGGAAUUCUGUCGUUUUUCGCUGCGCAGGCAGGUGCAAGGAAGGUAUAUGCAGUUGAGGCAAGUAACAUGGCUCACCACGCUCAAGCAUUAGUUCGCGCCAAUGGACUCCAUGACAGAAUAAAUGUGAUAGCAGGCAAAAUAGAAGAAAUAGAACUUCCUGAGAGUGUGGAUGUGAUCAUAUCUGAACCAAUGGGAUAUAUGCUUUAUAAUGAACGCAUGUUAGAAACUUAUUUGCAUGCAAAGAAAUGGCUGAAACCUACCGGUAAUAUGUAUCCGACCAGAGGUGAUCUUCACAUAGCUCCAUUUACAGAUGAUGCACUCUUUAUGGAGCAGUAUAAUAAAGCUAAUUUCUGGUACCAAUCAUGUUUCCACGGUGUUGAUCUUAGUGCAUUACGUACCGCUGCAAUGAAGGAAUAUUUUAGACAACCUAUUGUUGACACAUUUGAUGUACGUAUAUGCAUGUCAAGAUCGGUUAGACAUGUUGUAGAUUUUCUUAAUGCAAAUGAGACUGAUCUUCACCGCAUAGAGGUACCUUUUAGAUUUGAAUUAACACAGUCGGGAACUUGCCACGGGCUAGCAUUUUGGUUUGAUGUAUUGUUUGCCGGGAGCACACAACAUAUAUGGUUAUCAACUGCACCAACAGAACCCUUAACACAUUGGUAUCAAGUCAGAUGCCUUUUAGAAACUCCUAUAUUUGCCAAGCAAGGUCAAGCUCUUACUGGAAGAGUACUAUUACUUGCUAACAAACGGCAGAGCUAUGAUGUCACUAUGGAUAUAAGUCUGGAGGGAACAAAUAUUUCGGCUUCAAACACAUUAGACUUAAAAAACCCGUACUUCAGGUAUACUGGAGCACCAGCAGCUCCCCCACCGGGAGUUAACACUGCGUCACCUAGUGAAACAUACUGGAACUCAAUUGAGUCUGGAACUCUGAGCAAUGGACAAGGAGUUAUUCUCACUGAUGGAACUCAGCAAUAUUGUUCAACACAAGAUCAAAACAUUUCUUAUGGUGCUCAUCCAAACAUGAUCAAAACUGUCAUGUUACAGGAAGAAUUUAUUAAAAGGAUUGGGAUUAGUCAAAAUGGAGAUAUUUAAUCCGCAAAGUCGCGCCGAGCGCGUCUUCGAGCUAUGAGGAACCGUCGCAAUCGGUUGUGAACAAUCUUCCGUUCAAAUAGUGUUUAAGAGGACUUAUUUAUUUACAUACAUCACAGUCGACAUAACAAUAGUUAAAUUGUGAUUCAAACAUGGCCUGUUUGCCAUAUAAAGUUAUCAGUUGGGGGGAUAUAAUAUGAAAACUAAGUGUAAUGAAAGCAUUUUAAUACCUUUCUGUUAAACAUUAUCUGUUAAUGCCUUUUGGUGUAUGUUUUGUUUACAGUAUCAAUGACGCUUACUAGUAUUAAAUUGAUUACAGUUAAAAUGACUUCUAGUCAUGAUGUUUUUGUAAAUAAAUCCUCAUCUUUGCAGUAGACACAAAACUGGCCAAAAAGCGUUGAUAUGAGCUUUGGCAGCUCAUUUCUUAGUUAUAAGUUAGUUUGAAGUACAUUUAGCAUAAGUGAUAACUACUGAAUGCUUCUAAAUACUCAGUGUAUUAUUCGGACACGAACAUACUCUAGGAUACCAGUGUAUCAUUGAUCAUUAUAAUCAUGUCUUAUUGAAUCUAUCUGCCAAUUGUAUAGUGAUAAGAAACAUCUCUGUAUAUAGUUAGUAUAGUAUAAUUUACCACUUCCAAAAUACAGAAUUCAAAAGAAUUCAAACAGUUUCAACAAAUAUAUUUAUUUGUGUCUCAUAUAAUAUGUAACAUAAUGUAUUAUAGCAAUACAUUGCUUGUUUCACUAUUUUAUAGAUAAUUAAUGCUGAAUCUCGGCAUUUAUAGUGAUUGUGUUUUGAAGCUGUCUCUGUCUAUUAAACCUAUUUUGUUCAUCCAACUGUUUUAUCUUUUUUUUAAGUUAAGCGGAUUGUCAAAACUUCCAUUUGCUGGUUACCGACCAUUGGAUACCAACUGUUUUAUCUUUUUUUUAAGUUAAAAUUAUGUUUGGAAGAAUGGGACAAAACAGUUACAUGGCUAAAAUAAGUUUAAUAAGAAAUUGGUGUUAUUAUGAAUAAGAAGUAACUUUAACAUUCAUGUUCUCAGUUGCAGUGGUAUAUAUUAUAUUGUUAUGUGAUGUCUUACAACUGAUCAUAUCAUUGUUUCUCUAAUAUUGCUUACUUACUGAGAGAUUUCUCUGUAAUGUAAUAUUUCACAUUAAAUUUAAGCACCAUAACACAGUCAAAUACAAGCAGUUGUUACAGGCUGUAUCAAAAUAUUACCGAUAAUGUAAUUCAAGUUGCACACUGGAAGGCCCAGUACCCAACAAAGCGGAGAGGACAGGAGAUGAACAGAUAUAAGCCUUAUGGCUUUAUAGCUGUCAGGCUAUUUCCCCCCAAGCAGAGAGAUGUGAGCUGUGAAAGCUCGAAAUCAGUCAAGUGUUUACGAAAGGAAGACAACAUGAUGUCGACUACACUCAUCUCCGCUCCAUCAACGGCUUUGAUUGAUUUCCACUGGAGCUGAGCGGAGACCUGAGAACAUCUCUCCUCUUUCGCAGAUACCAGGCCUAAUGAUUGGUUUAUUCCCUGACUAAUGUACUCUGCGUAAAACAUCUGUAACAUAACAGCUGAAUGCUCCCCAUGUGGGAGCACCUUUAUGGGCAGAUGUUGCUGCCUAGCAUGAGGUGGAACAAAACCUACUUCUUAAAACUGAUUCCAAGUAACAUUUUCAAUUAAGGAACGGAAAUCAAAUAAUUAUGUGAUAGUUUCAGCAAUAAUCAAAGUUGUAUUCCAAUUAUACAGCUACCUCAUAAUUUGGCAGAUGGACUGAAAUUAAUUAUGUAAUUAUAAUAACAUGACAAUGUCAUUUAGGGUUGCUAGUUGCCGAAAAUUGACAUUUGGCAACUACUACUGAUUUGGGAUUUCUAAAAUUUUUUUUUUUUGUGUUUGACCUAAUAUAAAUAAAAGUGAUAAAGUAUAUUUUUUUUCAUUUUAAUAUCUAUCAGCCAGUGUUUUGUUUAUAAUUUAAAUAAAAUGGCAACCCUUCAUAACUGAAUAGUACCUAGAUGAUAACUUUAAUCUUAAGUACUACUUAGUAGAGAUGUGAGUAAGCCUAAAUAGAUAAUAUGCAGUAAAUCAUAAAUCAGUAAA